AUGUCGGCAGAACCUUCGGUUAACAACAAUCGUCAACCUAACCCAUCAGUUAAUCCUGCUCGUCAUAGCGAACCUGUAAAAUUAGGAGAUGACAUGAUCGAUCGGAUUGCCGUCCGAGUUGCGCAAAUCCUUGCCAACGCACAGGGACACGAACGUCAGAAUACAGAACGAUCAGGGCAAUCUGAGGGAAGCACUGCACCUACACCUACACCAACUCCACGAGAAGAACCUCGCCCGGAAAAGAAGACUUUCAUUUCAUGUAAUCCUCCUUCAUUCGACGGGAAGAAAGGUGCUAUUGAGGCACAUGAAUGCCUAAGUGAGGUAGAAGCCAUUCUAGACGUCAGUGAUUGCCAUGAAAGAAAUAAAGUUAGGUUUGCUGUUCAUUUGUUUAAAUCCGAAGCCUUAUUUUGGUGGAGGAUACAAAAGCAAACUAGAGGUGAUGAUCUGGCACAUCGCCUGAGUUGGAAGGAGUUUUCAGAACUGUUUACAAAUUACUUCUGUCCACCAAGCGAAACUGACAGAAUAGAAAAGGAAUUUUUGCAUCUUGAGCUCGGAAAUAAGACAUACCGGGAAUAUGUCACCAAAUUCAAUGAAAUGUCUCGAAUAGUGUCUUACUUGGUGAACCCUGAAGAAAAUCGUAUUCGAAGAUUCCUGUGGGGACUCCCCACAGAAUAUCGCACGUUUAUCAAGUCUACCAAACCAACUACCUAUCAUGAUGCAGUAGAGGCUGGGGCAACUAUCGCCACUGAGAUCCAACAAAAGAAAACCCCAGAAACUAUCCCGAAAAGGAAAUGGGAAAACUACCAAGAACAAAAGAAACCCAAUUACAGAGAUUUCAAGAGGCAACGAGGACCCCCACCUAGGUGUCCAACUUGUGGAAAAGGACAUUCCGGUCCAUGUAACCAGUUAGUCUGUAGAAACUGUAAGAAACCUGGACACAACUAUCGUGAUUGUAGAGAGCCACGUAAGUGUUUUAAGUGUGGAGACGGGCCACUAUAG